AUGUUGAAGCUCUUGAUGCUGGCCAUCAUCACAGCGUUCCUCCUGCUGGCAGAAGGGGGAAUGUCAGCGAGGACUCAGUCCCGCACUAAGAGAGAACUGGCCAGCCCGCUGCACCUCAGGGGGAUCCGGGACCCCUCUGGCUCCUACUGUCAGAGGAGAGGAGGCUGCUGCCCCGGGAGAGAUGACCAGUGCACUGUCCCUUACCUGGACACCAUCUGUUACUGCGACCUGUUCUGCAACCGCACCGUGUCCGACUGUUGUCCGGACUUCUGGAGCCACUGCCUGGGAACAACUCCUCCAUACCCUCCCAGUUCUUGUGAAAGGAACGGCCACAGAUUUCACUCAGGAGCAACAUACAAAGAGAACUGUAAUUUAUGUACAUGUGGUCAGAAUGGACGCUGGGAAUGUGAGCAACAUGCCUGUCUGAUAGAGGAUGACAUGAUCCAGGAAAUCAACAGGAGAGGUUAUGGUUGGAGGGCCACAAACUACAGUCAGUUCUGGGGUAUGACUCUGGACGAGGGUCUGCAGUAUCGUCUGGGAACACAGCGCCCCUCACGGACCAUUAUGAACAUGAAUGAGAUCCAGAUGAAUAUGAAUGGAAACGAUCAUCUGCCAAGUUACUUUAAUGCAGCAGAAAAAUGGCCAGGGAAAAUCCAUGAGCCCUUGGACCAGGGGAACUGCAAUGCAUCCUGGGCUUUCUCAACUUCAGCCGUUGCAUCAGACCGGAUCUCUAUUCAGUCAAUGGGUCACAUGACCCCUCAGCUGUCACCUCAGAAUCUGAUUUCCUGUGACACACGUCAUCAGGGCGGCUGCUCCGGUGGACGUGUCGAUGGGGCCUGGUGGUACCUAAGGAGAAGAGGGGUCGUGACAGAGGAGUGCUACCCUUUCUCUCCACCCCAGCAAACUCCUGCUGAUGUGGCUCGCUGUAUGAUGCAAAGUCGAGCGGUGGGUCGAGGAAAGAGGCAGGCCACAGCACACUGUCCCAACAGCUAUAGCUACCACAAUGAUAUCUACCAGUCAACCCCACCGUACAGAUUGUCCUCCAAUGAGAAUGAGAUUAUGAAAGAGAUUAUGGAUAAUGGCCCCGUGCAAGCCAUCAUGGAGGUCCAUGAGGAUUUCUUUGUGUACAAGAGUGGAAUUUACCGACACACAGACGUCAAUUACCUCAAACCGUCGGAGUACCGCAAACAUGCAACACACUCUGUCAGAAUAACAGGAUGGGGAGAGGAAAGAGACUACAACGGCAGAACACACAAAUACUGGAUUGCAGCCAACUCAUGGGGGAAGAACUGGGGUGAGGAUGGUUACUUCAGAAUUGCUCGUGGUGUAAACGAGUGUGAGAUCGAGACGUUUGUGAUCGGUGUGUGGGGCAGAGUCACCAUGGAAGACAUGCACAACCAUCACCACCAUCACGGACGCCGCAAGUAGAGAUCUGCAAUGUACGCCUCACUGUAUGAUGUACACCACAAUGUCAAUCAGGUCUUUUGCUGGUUUGUUAGAGUCUGAUUUCCACCAUACCGACCAAACCCCUGUGCCUUUUGAAUAUUUGUUCACACUGCAUGCAUGCAAAAAGGUGCUGUCCACUGCCCCCCUCUGUCCAAAUACACAAUCUGUCUAUGGUUGGAAUAUUUGGCCAAUAUUCUCUUAGUGGUGGAAACCAGCUUGUUACACUCCUUGACUGGACCUCAAACAGCCACAGGACUCAGAUGCACUCAGGACUCUAUUCCAAAGACACACUUCACAGGUACACAUGCGCUCAGCAUCACAACGUAUAGCUGUCUCAAAUGUCUAAUAUAGUCAUAUAUCAGGAUGUGUCCUACAUUUGGGAAUCAUUACACACCAAGGCAGACAGUCAGACAGUGAUCCAUACAUUCUGCUAAAAUGAUAGAGGGAUGGAGGAACACCAGGAUUGGAAGCAGAAGAAGGUUUUAGGACCGAUAAUUAAUUCCAAAAACAACCUAGAAUAUGUUUGUGACCGUUCUCUGCAUUUAGUCGAGAUUAAGGUUGUUUAAAAUUGCUUUAAAGCAUUUUAAUCCAAUCCAGGCCUUGUUUUCAAUGUCAGAAUCUGUUAGUUUGGCUGUUAAAUAAAGUUUAAGAGAGAUUGUACAGAUACAGGCCACUUUCUUCACAAUUGAAACAACUUCUAUUUGGUCUAAUUUUAGAAUAACAGGAAGCAAACUAAAAGAAAUGUUUUUUCAUGCUGUGAGACCAAAAAUGGACAUCAGUUACUGCAAUUUUGAAUGACCCUUUAAAAUCCAUAAGAAUUAAAAGGCUGGAAGUGGUUUGGUCAUGCAACCUAGAGUUUAAAGUGUGCUUAAGGGCAAAUAUACAAAGGCAAAGAUGACUGUUCAUCAGGACCAUUGGUUGAAACGAUUAUAAAAAAAAGAAUAUAUAUAUAUAUAUAUAUAUAUAUCACCUAUAAGAAUAAAAUCUGUGCAAGUCUUAAACUAUUGUUAUCUGUGGACUAAUGAGAUUGUACACAAACAUUGAUAUACUUUUUUUUUUUGUUCUUGUGUUUAUGAUGUUGAAUUAUUUAAUUGAUUACUAUUGCCAUUAGUAUUUAAAAAUCUUUCUUUGCUAUUCUUUUACAUAAAAAAGAAAAACAUCUUAAAUAUGAAAUUUUAGAAGUGUAAAGGAACUAAUACCACAGUGGGCCAAAAUACACAUGGGUUUGGAUUCAAUGCUGAAUUAUUGCUUUGUGUAUCUAAAUCAGGCAAAACAGCAGUUUACAAGACACCAUAAAGCAUGUUUGCUUCUCAAAUAUCCAUCUACUCAUUAUGUAGAUUAGUGUGCGUUAAUAAGCGUGAGACAGAUAUUGGUGUCAUAAAACAUUGCGGACUAUAAUAUCGUGCAUGCGCCAGAGCUCCGAGCAAACCCAUCUGCUGACUUUGAUAAUGAUAAUGUCAUUAUUAUGGUGACAUGACUAAUUGAGAAUCCUUAUACUGGUAUUUGAUUCAGCAAUACACAAUCACAGACAGAAAGACAGGGUCUUUCAGCAUAAAUCCAGAAACUGAUGUGAUAUUCUCCCCACCGGUCCAUUAACAAUCGGAGAAAUGUGUUCUCUUUUAGUCAUACAAGAUGUUUCUAUUAAAAUAAAGCAGUUAUAUGGAGUCUCGUGUCAUAAAUAUUGAAUGUCUUAAUACUGCUAGACUUUACAUUACGAUUCAUAUUAUACACUGAUUUGACCCCAAGCUGGGUUGAUCUCAUUUUGAAAUUCUUCAGUUCUGUCUUCCAGUUCUGUAAUUAUGAACGAGUAUUGUGUUAUUUAAGAACAAAGUCUGUCUGUAAAUAAUGCAUUGCUGGUUACUUAUGUGCAAUGUUACUAUGUUGUUCCUUGUAUUGUCUAUACACAAUGCACUGUUCACCUGUGACGCAAUAAAAGUCCUGAUACAUUAUA